UUAACGAACAGCGGAUGCAAUCAGUCGGACACUAUGAAUACGCUCAUAACAAACACAGAAGAAGAGCCACCAAAAGCAGUUGUUACCACUUUCAGAGUACUCACCGACAAGUCCCCUGCGCCUACAGAAGCUUAUAUGAUUCUUAAACGUACUUUGCAGUUUUUGGAACUGCUCGGAAUGGUUAUCGGUUUAGAGAUGAGCUACAGUUGGAAGAAUAACAUACGCUUCGGGAUUACAAAAUUUCUUACUGUACUAUGUUGGUCGCAGUUUUUUUACACACAAUUUGUGAACAUUUAUCAAGGCAACGCAUUCAAAUCGUUCGAAGUUUUCGCCAUUUAUGGAGUGGGAAUUUCGACUCUCGUAAAAAUAUGGUGUCACGGAAAAUAUCACAUAAAUGUUCAUGCCAUUCACGAAUCCAGUCUAAAAAUUUGUCAGAGAAAUACUGGCUCACGUGGCGAUCGGCUGAAUCAACGUGUGCAAAACAAUUUUCAUUUUCUCAAAUGUGUCACAUUGUCUGCAAUUGUACUCAUAAUCAUCUACUUGUUUUAUCCGGUGAAAAGUUUUCUAAUCGACGGUAAACUCGUACCCCUAGUUCCGGUUGAAUUCAUGUUUAUCGAUCAGUCGACCUUGUCGGGUUACAUUAUUGCUAGUUGUAUAAUGACAACAGCGGGAAUUUACGGAACUAUUUUAACAACAUACAUGGGACUGACAUUUGUUUUGAUUAUAAUAAACUAUUCACUUCGAGUAGACCUAUUGGAAAUUGAUAUUGAAGAAUUAAACGACAUGUGGAGUGAUACGUCCAAAUCAACAGCGGCAUAUCGACGUUUGUUUUUAAGGAACAUUAUCAGGAAAUGCAUUGACAUGAGAGAAUACGUCGCCGAAAUAAAGAACAUUUUCGCCGUAAAAAUGUUCAUUUUCUUCGCUUUUUCAUAUUUGUCGCAGAUAUUGUGCUACUACCAAAUUUUUGUUAACAAUUGGAUACCAGGCUUCGCUCUUGCAUUUGGAUUUUUCUUAGAGAUGAAUCUUUAUUGCAUGAUGGGUACCAAAGCUGCAAUAGAGAACGAACGCAGUUGCUUCAUCAUUACUCAAUCCAAAUGGUAUACCUACGAUCUAAAAUCUCAAAAGUUGAUGUUAACCUUACUGUGUGCAAAUAUGAAUAGCCAAGAAUUGUGGAUCGGACCGAUAGCACCAUUGAGCGUUUAUACGGCCACACAGAUGAUCAAAGGUAUUUACACAUACUAUACAGUCAUGGCGGAGAUUAUGUAAUGCACAAUGUGUAGUGUCAUUAACGGUUGCAAGGUGUUAAUUUACCAUUGCAAGUCGAAAAAAAACAUUGAGCAAAUGUUAGAAAAAUUCAGAUGAUAGAGGCACAAUAAAGAUUUCGUACACUCAAGCACCAAAUAUGUAAUAAUGCUCCUGGUUGUGUGAGACAUUGAACAGAGAUCACCACUUUUUAGGCUUUCAUCUAUUCUCUAGAACUAAAAUGAGGUUAAAAAC